AUGUAUCAAUCAUCACCUGAAAAACGGAAAUAAAUGCAGACUUAAGGAAGAAUAAUGGAAGAUAUCACAUGCAUUAUUGAUUGCGGGUACGUGGGUUCUCUUUUCCUGGGAAAUAUCGAGAGUGCAAAUGACAUUAGCCUCCUUAAGAAACAUAGAAUCACAGCUAUUUUAUCGGUUUGUAUCUCUAAAAUACCAUACAUUGUUAGUUCAAGAAUGAAACAAUAUGAACAUUAUAUUUUGGAUGAUUGUGAAAAUGAGAAUAUUUAUCGAUAUUUUAAUCCAUCUUUUUAAUUUAUUGAAAAAGCUAGACAAUCAGGGAAUGUAUUAGUUCAUUGCAUGGCAGGUAUAUCCAGGAGUGCUUCAAUAAUUGCUGCUUAUUUAAUGAAAAAGCAUAAUAUCACUUUUAAAUAGGCCUUGCAACAAUUGCAAAGAAAAAGAUGGUAAAUUUACCCUAAUGAUGGAUUUGUCAAAUAACUACUUCAAUAUGAAAAAGAAUUAAAUAAUAAAUAAGAAGAACUACCAAGUGACUGGAAUGGCAGAAGAGUUAAAACAGAUGUCUCAGAUUCCUCAGUUACUAAAACUAAUAAGUGUAAUGAUAGUGAAUACUUAUCGAAUGAGUAUUAAAAAAUAAGAAAGAAAUAUAUAGAUAAUGAAAAGUCAUAGGAUUUAUUGCAGAAAUCUAAAUAAUACACAUUAUAAUAAUAAAGGAAAACUAAUUUUGAUAUAUUAAAUCAUGGAAUAAAUCUUCAGAUCAAAAGAUUACAAUAGUUUUCUGACGGUAAAACAAUGCUGAAUUCUAUUGAAUCUAGAUAAGCCACUAAUCUUGAGAAUUAGUAAAAAAAGAAAGCCUUGGCAGAUGCGGUCAACAUUCAGAAUAAGAAUUCAGCAGUUAAUAGAGGAAUUUAGAUAGAGACAACCACAUAAAUACCCAAAAAACUAGAGUUUUUAAGCAAGUUUUAGUCGGCAACAACAAGAGAUUCAACUUCAACUAAUGAUUAUAUGUUUCCAAAUAGUUCAUAGUAAAAAUUAGAUAACCUACUAAAUUAAUAUGGCAAAAAGUCUAAAUACUAAUACAAAUGA